AGCUGAUCCCCGAAGUACCCGAGUGUGGGAGCGAUCUGCCCAUGGGCCCCCGCCUGCUGCUGGUUCUGGUGCUGCUUCAGGCAGUUUGGAAAGGUGCUCUGGGAAAGUCCCAUUCACUGCACACUCGAGGAAUCAUUGAACUGGCUGGAGCCAUAACGUGUGGCACAGGACGGUCUCCCUUGGCAUAUAUCGGCUAUGGGUGCUACUGUGGACUGGGAGGACGAGGUUGGCCUAAAGAUAAAACAGACUGGUGCUGCCACAGGCAUGACUGCUGCUAUGACACAGCAGAGAAGGAAGGCUGCAACCCCAAGGUGCAGCGCUACCAGUGGGAGUGUGAGCAGAACACCGUGCGGUGCGAUAACCUGACAGACCGAUGUGAAAAAAUGGUGUGCCUGUGUGACCAAGAAGCAGCCAAGUGCUGGGGUGCAGCCCCAUAUAAUCCUCACUUCAUCCUCUGGCCAGACUUUUUAUGUGGACAGACUCAUCCCACCUGCCAUGUCAGAUAUGGGGGGCCAGAAUAGUCUUUUUAGGACCUUUCUUCAAACAAUUUGAACUUGAAGGUGGUGGAAUAAAAUGUUUCCUCAUUUUCCAGA